UCCCGACUCUGGACCGCCGAAUCGUCGAACCCAUCGCCAAGCGCGGAGGAGCGAACGAAGAGCCUCCCAGAUCAACGGCUCCGAUUAAAGGAACCUCGAGCGGUCUCGGAAGCAGGCCCGAUUCGUCGUCCCGUAGUCGCCAGAGGGGUUCCGUUCAUGUAUGUACGGUCGCGGCCGUGUCUGAAGAGGGCGAGCGAAGCGAAAGCGCUGCUCCGCUGAGUCGAUCGUGCAAUCCUCCCUUUCUCCAAAGCGACCCCUUUUUAUCUCCCCAUCAGUCCCAGUCGAUCGCUUCGUCUCAGAUCGAAGAAUCAAACUUGUUCCUCUUUUUUUGAUUCGACAUGAUUCAAGUUUGAAGUUGAACUCUGCCCAUUCAAUUAGGGUUUGUCUUCACGCGCUGUCCGUCGAUCGCCGCCGACUUCUUUGCGGGUAGCUCACAAUUCUGCUUUUAUUCUGAAGUGCAUCAAGCUGUCAUCCACUGCUCUUGAUAUAAUGCUGACUCAGAACAUUUUCUCUAAGUGUGUGCGGUGGACUAGUUACUUCUCCUUGGCAUUUGCCCCGUUUUCCACUUUGACAUCCAGUUCAAAAGUGUCAAGCGUAGAGGAGCCUUUGGGUUUUGACACCAUGCCAAGAUUAAGUGUUGUAGGCAGACUUCAACAUUGCGCUUCCAGUUCUUCCAGGUCCAGAAUUGAUGAAGCGACAAUGGGCGAGUGCCUAAGUGAAGGAAGAGAAUGCAGCUUAUCUGAACGUUGCAACGAAGAACAUGGUUCGAGAAGACAACCAAGGGAUAUGUUUUCUAGAGACCCAUUAAUCUGGAAAAGUAUUGGUAGGAACCGGAUGAUAUGUAGUGUCUCUGAUCCAUGGCAUCUACAAAAUCAUCGAUAUAAGUCAUCUUGCAAUGACAUGGAAAUAGGUGGUCUAGCGGGCAAGUUCUUCAGAAGUAUGCCAAGAUUUGUGAAGAUUGUAGAAGUUGGGCCUAGAGAUGGUCUACAAAAUGAGAAGCUUACUAUACCUACAACUGUAAAGGUUGAAUUGAUACACAAGUUGGUUUCCUCUGGAUUAUCUGUUAUUGAAGCGACAAGUUUUGUCUCUCCAAAAUGGGUACCUCAGCUAGCAGAUGCAAAGGAUGUCAUGCAAGCAAUUCCUCUAUUAGAUGGUGUCAAAUUUCCUGUGUUAACUCCCAAUCUCAAAGGUUUUGAAGCAGCUAUUGCAGCCGGUGCAAAGGAAGUUGCUGUAUUUGCAUCAGCUUCUGAGUCCUUUUCUAAGUCCAACAUCAAUUGCAGCAUUGAAGAGAGUCUCAAUCGUUAUCGUGAAGUUGUUUCUGCUGCAAAAGAACUUGCAAUUCCUGUUCGUGGGUAUGUGUCCUGUGUUGUGGGUUGUCCUGUAGAAGGAGCAGUGCCUCCAGAACAGGUGGCAUACGUGGCUAAAGAACUCUAUGAGAUGGGCUGUUAUGAGAUUUCACUUGGUGAUACCAUUGGAGUUGGCACUCCAGGCACUGUGAUUCCAAUGCUUGAAGCUGCAAUGUCUCUUAUUCCAAUAGACAAGCUUGCCGUCCAUUUUCAUGAUACCUAUGGCCAGUCACUCUCAAAUAUUUUGGUCGCCCUCCAAAUGGGAAUCAGUGUCAUCGACUCAUCUGUGGCUGGCCUGGGUGGAUGCCCCUACGCAAAGGGAGCUUCUGGGAAUGUUGCUACCGAAGAUGUAGUGUACAUGCUUAAUGGCCUAGGCACAAAAACAAAUGUGGAUUUGGGUAGGCUCAUGGCUGCUGGGGACUACAUUUGCAAACACUUGGGGCGUCAGUCCGGAUCAAAAACUGCCAUUGCAUUGAGCCGAGCUACUGCAUAUGCCUCUAAGUUGUAGCUAUGUUAUGUUAUCCACUGUCGGUUGUCCCUCGUAAGUGGUUUUAGUUGAGAUAAUUGAUCUGUGUUCCUAAAAGAAAUGAAAUAAAUGGUUGUGAACACCGAUGAAAUAAAUGUAAGUUCACAUUGCCAUAAUGGACUUAUAUGCCAGAUCGAAAUGUAAUAAAAAUGUGCGAUACCGA